AGGUGGAAGUCAGCGCUGACGCCACGUGGCCACGGGGGAGCCAAUGGGAAGCUGAGUUUCAGGUCCGUCCAGGUGCAGCUCAGCUCCAUGUCACCAAACUGUCACUAACUGUCUCUGGGUCUCCGAGGAUGUGAUGUGGAGACAAGACACUCACACGCGUCGGUUCAUCUCUCAGCGGAGGACGGAGCUGGAGGAGCAGAGCUGCGGCUCAUGGCGCUGAUCGCAGCCGCUCUCCUGCUGCUGAGCACCGGCUCAUGGAGCCUCCUCGGUCAGGCUCAGACGUGUGUGGAUGAGAGCAGGUUUAAGGAACAGGUGGUCCACACGGGGCAGCAGGGGCCUCCAUAUCGGCUGAGCUGCCCUCUGGAGCCUCCUCAGCCGCGGCUCACCUGGCAGAAGGACUGUCAGCAGCUCCCCCAUCAGGAGGGGAACGCUUACCUGGAGUUUACCCGCCUCUCCUUGGAAGACCAAGGGAAUUACACGUGUAUGCAACAGGGCAACAGCACAGCUUCGUUCACCGUGCGUCUCGUAGUUAAGGAGCCCCAGUGUGCCAAAGCACCUGCAUUUGAACCCAAUGCAGGCCUGAACAGACUGUGGGGGAAUGUGGGAACCUCUGUGACACUGAACUGCACUGCUCUCCUCCUCUGGGACCAUCGUGCGGAGCAAUGUGACAACUCGCUGCAGUGGAGUAAAGAUGGUCGAUCGCUCUCCAACCUCACUCUUUACACCCAGAACACUUCCUCAUGGUCUCCUGCUGCCGGCCAGCUGAUGGUGAACAGUGUGUUGGUGAUCACCAUCAAGGAGCUGGAGGAUUUUGGGCUCUACAGCUGCACAGUGAGGAAUGUCUCCUCUGUUUUCAGCCUGCAAAAUUCAAACAGACCCAGCCACACAGCUGCUGUUAUUGCAGCCGUGUUCCUCCUCGUCCUCCUGGCUGUAGCUGCUGUCGUGUACUCCAGGUGUCACCUGAACAUCAAGCUGUGGUACAGGAACUCCUACGGAGACUAUGAGCUCAACGACGGGAAAUUAUAUGAUGCCUACAUCUCCUAUGUGAGCAACGACUAUGACAGGAAGUUUGUCAACUUUAUUCUCAAACCUCACCUGGAAAAUAAAAGUGGCUACAAAGUGCAUCUCAAUGACAAUGACAUCCUACCUGGCGGAGAACCUUCUGCAGAGCUGUUGAUGAACAUGAGUCGUUCGAGGCGUCUCAUCGUGUUGCUCUCUCAUGCUUACCUUGAGCAGGACUGGUGCUGCAAUAACUUCAGACAGGGCCUUCUGCACUUAUUGGAGAUUUGUCAGCGGCCUAUCUUCAUCAUGUUGGAGGGUCAGUCCAAACGCAUGAGGCCUGAGGUGAAGGAGCAGCUGAGUGAGCAGCAGCACCGCCUCACUGUCCUCACCUGGAGACACAACUCUGUGACUCCUUCCUCAGUCUUCUGGAAGGAGCUGGGCUUAUCGAUGCCUCGCCAGUUCCCCUUCCACUCUGAGUACGCAGGCGACCCACAGACUAUGCUUCAAGACGACAAAGACCCCAUGCUGACCCUCGAACCCGGCUACCUAAACUGCAACUCAGAUAUUGACCCGGCUGGAGAUCUGGGGCUCCGCCUCCCCGUGUACAAGGCUCUGGCAGGAAAAGCUCCCGUCCUCCCUGCUGCCCCCGUCACAGCCAGCGAACCCCGACCCUCGGACAUCGACGUGUCCGACCUCGGCUCUCGCAACUACGGAGCCCGCUCAGACUUCUACUGCCUGGUCUCUGAGGACAUAUGAGCCGCACUACCCUCAUCUCUGACACUGACCACCUAUAUGAAGAUCUCCAUCAGCGUGGCUUUAUAUUGAUCCCUGUUAUGUAGCUAAAUAUUUUGCUUUUCUUUAUGAUGUGUUGUUAAAAAUCUAAAUAUAACCGUUUUAUAUUUCCUUUCA